AUGAGUGGAAACUUGGUCCUGUGUCUAGGAUUGACAACCAGAGUCAACGUGUGCUGCGACAAUGUCGCAAUGGAUUCGGGAAGCCCUGUUGCAUCCACAAAACGAGUAUCCAAGACGUGCUCAAUGAGAAUUCUGCUUAUUGCGUUAAUUCCACUGGCGGAAACGGUCCUAAAUCCGAACAGCAGUCAGCUAAUACCUAGAAGUCCGGAGCAAUCUGCUAUCCUCCCUCGUCUCAAGCGUUCUAAUGCAGAAUAUUGUAGGCGGUGCGAAAGUGGAUGGACUUACUUCGGAGACACGGGUGCGUGUUAUAAGACUUUCUACUGGGCAAACAUGUACGAUGCAGAGACCUUAUGUAGGAGUUUUGGCGCACAUUUGGCUUCAAUCCACAGCAAUGAGGAGAAUCAAUUCGUAGCCGACCUAUCGAAAUCGGGUAAACCAUGGACUGAUUGGCAUGAUUUGACUUGGAUAGGCCUGAAACAACUUGAUUCAAACAGUGAUUGGUACUGGAUUGACGGCACAAGGGUCAACUACAUGAGUUGGGCACCAGGUGAACCUAAUGACUGGAAAGGAAUACAACAUUGCGUGACGCUAGUCUGCGACCCUCAUGAAAACGUCUCGCUUUCUCACAUCUUUCGGAAAUGGGACGACUAUGAGUGCAGCGGUAAUGUAAGAGCGUUCGUAUGCAAGAGACCUCUGUACUGAAUGCCAAACAGUGCCCUAAUAGUUUGUGAUGAGCAGUGUCCACACUUUCUGCUUACUGUCAAUAAAUAUCGAUUGAACA